AUGCGACUCUUCAGCCUCGUCUGGCUGUCAAUCGUCACACUGGCGGCCCAAAGCCAGUCUCAGGAGGUCAACAAACCCUUCAACAACCCGAUCCUCCCGGGUUGGAACUCUGAUCCUAGCUGCACUUUUGUCAAGGAAUAUGAUGACACGUUCUUCUGUACUGUCUCCUCAUUUCUGGCUUUCCCGGGUGUUCCCGUAUACGCCAGCAAGGACUUGGUAAAUUGGAGACUUGUCAGCAAUGCUUUGACGCGACCGGAGCAAGUGCCGGAACUCUACCGGAACUCGGGACAGAAUGAGGGUAUUUGGGCGUAUACAAUCAGGUUCCGCAACGGAACAUUCUACCUCAUCACAUCGUACGUCUCUUGGUAUGAAGGGUGGGGCCCCAAGAUCUUACUCUUCACAACCACCGACCCAUACGAUGAUGCCUCGUGGACGGGCCCCCUUCGCGUCGAGAAUCCGGCAAACGAUAUUGACCCGGACAUCUUUUGGGACAACAACAAGGUGUACAUGUCGGUGGCUGCCGGUAUCUACAUUAGCGAAAUCGAUCUUUCGACGGGCGCGGCAAAGGAGCCUAUCAAAGUCUGGAACGGCACCGGGGAUCGCAACCCCGAGGGGCCGCACUUGUAUCGCAAAGAUGACUACUAUCAUCUGCUGAUUGGAGAGGGCGGAACGGAAACAAAUCACUCUGUAACGAUUGCUCGAGCGAAAGAGUUGGCAGGACCGUACGAAGGAGCUCCGCACAACCCUAUUCUAACGGCCAAGAAUACCGACUUGUAUUUUCAGACGGUGGGACACGCUGACCUCUUCCAAGACGCCUCCGGGAAUUGGUGGGGUGUCGCGCUGGCAACUAGGUCAGGUCCCGAGUGGGAGAUCUACCCAAUGGGGCGCGAGACUGUUCUCUUUGCCGUCAAAUGGGAUGAUGGGGGUUGGCCAGUACUCGACGAGGUACUUGGUGUUAUGGAUGGACCUUUGCCUCCCACGAACAGAGAUAUCCCCGGCAAUGGUCAUUGGAUCAACGAACCUGACGUUGUCGACUUUACGCCGGGCUCGGAGAUUCCUAGGCAUUUUAUCUUUUGGCGUCCACCAAAGACAGAUCUGUUCAGAGUCUCACCGGAGGGGCAUGCCAACACGCUGCAGAUAUCUCCUUCACCUGUCAACCUUUCAGCAACACCAGAAUUUAACCCAGAACAAGAUGGUCUCGGAUUCAUCGCACGCAAGCAGAGUGCUACGCUGUUCAACUACACCGUCGACGUCUCAUUCCAGCCAAAAGUUGAAAACGAGGAAGCCGGCAUUUCGGUCUUCUUGACCCAAUUCCAGCACAUAGAUUUAGGCAUUGUGAACUUGCCAGCUUGCUCCAACCAGUCGCUUGUUCCGAAGUUCCGAUUCAAGGUCGAGGCCUCAGGAAAGCCCAACAUCCCCGUUCCCGAGAUAGCUCUCGUGACAGUGCCCAAAGCCUGGAGAUCGGAGCCGAUAAAGCUCUCCGUAUCUGCUAUCAGCGACUCAAAGUAUGUUUUCGGGGCAGCUCCGGCUUCUCGCCCAGAAGAAUAUCUGGAAAUUGGAUCGGCGAAUGCGUUGAUCGUUUCUGGAGGCAGUGGCCCGUUCACCGGCACAAUUGUCGGGGCGUAUGCUACUAACAAUGGCGGUGAUGGGAUGACGCCCGCAUACUUUAGUCGGUGGAGGUACACUCCUGUGGCACAAAAGAUUAACCACGAUACUCUUGUACCGGCGACUUAG